AUGCCUAAGAUAUCACGAAGUAUUGUCAAUCUCUUGUCGGACACCGUGACAUGUCCUACGAUUGCUAUGCGUCAGGUGAUUGCAGCAGCUGAUGUAGGUGACGAUGUCUUUGGUGCGGAUCCGUCGGUCAAUCGGCUUGAAAAAGUGGCAGCCGAACGACUCGGCAAGUCAGCAGCACUCUACGUGCCUUCUGGAACCAUGUCGAAUCUUAUUGCUAUCGGCACACAUUGCCGUCGAGGAGAAGAGAUUAUAUGCGGAGAUAAGGCUCAUAUCUUUCUAUACGAAGGCGCAGGGGCCAGUGCAUAUAUGGGAGUAAGUUUGCAUACAGUCGAGAAUCAACGAGAUGGAACACUUGACAUUAAAGAUGUUCAAAAUGCUAUUCGAGCCGACGAUCCGCAUUAUCCACGCACGAGCCUUGUGACAAUCGAAAAUACACAAAAUACUUGUGGAGGACGCGUUCUACCGCAACAAUUCGUUCGUACACUAGAGCAAUUGUGUCAUAAGCGCAAUCUUCGCCUCCACGUUGACGGAGCUCGAUUGGCAAAUGCUAGCGUAGCGUCCGGCAUUCCCAUGGACGAACUAUAG